ACGUGGUUGGCGCGUGCAUUAUACGAUUUCCCCCCUCUUUUUUUGGCAUUUAUUCUCUCUCCAUUUCUCUCACCGUUACUUCCCUUCCUGAGUUUUCCACUGCGGCCCUGCCCCUACCACGUGGAAACCCUCACCGGAAUCUCGUCGGAACUCCGAUCUCGUUCGCCGGAACCCUCUUCGGAUUCACCGCUCCUUAGUCAAAAGAAAUGUAUACUAAUGUGGGAGCCCAGCCUGGGGUACCAAGACCGCCAACAAAUCCUCAGCCAAAUCCAUUUGGUAAUGCAUUUUAUGGGGCUGGUUCUGGUCUUAUCCGGGGAGGUCUGGGUGCAUAUGGAGAGAAAAUUUUGGGAUCAAGUUCUGAGUAUGUGCAAAGCAAUAUAAGUAGAUACUUCUCUGAUCCCCAGUACUACUUUCAAGUGAAUGAUCAGUACGUGAGAAACAAAUUGAAGGUUGUUUUACUGCCAUUUCUGCACAGGGGUCAUUGGACAAGAAUAACUGAGCCAGUAGGUGGCAGGCUUUCCUAUAAACCCCCAAUUUAUGACAUAAAUGCACCAGACCUGUACAUCCCAUUUAUGGCAUUUGGUACCUAUGUUGUUCUUGCUGGAUUGUCCCUGGGCCUUCAAGGAAAGUUUAGCCCUGAAGCACUUAACUGGCUCUUUGUUAAGGGAUUGCUUGGCUGGUUUCUGCAAGUCAUGCUGCUGAAAGUAACAUUACUUUCAUUGGGUAGUGGUGAGGCACCGUUACUUGACAUCAUGGCAUAUGCUGGGUAUACAUUUACAGGAAUGUGUUUUCCUGUUCUCGGAAGGAUCAUAUGGAGAUACUCAUACUACUUUUUGAUGCCAUGGACAUGCUUAUGCAUGGGAGUCUUCUUGGUGAAGACAAUGAAGAGAGUACUCUUUGCAGAGGUUAGAAGUUAUGAUUCCAGCAGGCACCACUACCUUUUGCUUUUUAUCGCCCUGGCUCAGUUCCCACUUUUCACAUGGCUUGGUAACAUUAGUGUUAAUUGGCUUUUCUGAAACUGCAGCAGCAUUGUCAUAAGUUGCAACAGGAAAGAAUUGUGUUUAUAUCAGCCUAACAGUGUUUUUGGGCAAUUUUACCAUAGAGAAUCUCUUAUUUGGUUAAA